CCGGAAGCCAGGAACGAGUUGGUCCGAGGCAACAUGGACGCCGAGUACUACAUCCAGCAUCUGGAGAUGGCGCCUCACCCGGAGGAAGGUGGUUUCUUUGCGAUUCGCCACCGCUCUACCUUUCAAGUGGACACGCCCGGCAGCCGUGGCCCUCCGCGUCGACCUGUCCUCUCCACGAUACACUACAUGCUGCGUCAGCCGUCGCCAGUGAUGUUUGUCCAUGUGAAUGCAAAGUCGGAUAUUUCCCAUUUCUGGCACGCAGGGGAAGCCAUUGCGUACAUUCUGGUUGAUCCGUCCACCGACGAACUCAUGAACGUGGUGUUGGGUCCCCAUCUUCACGAGGGUCAAGUGCUGCAGUUCACGUGUCCUGCCGGGUGGUGGAAAGCUGCUACGUUGCCUGUGGAUACGAUUUCUGGCUUUGGAUUGCUCUCAGAGGCGGUGGGUCCUGCGUUCGAUUACGCCGACAACUUCCUCCUCCAGGAAGAAGACAUUGCCCAUUCCAAGCACGCCAGCAUCGUGCGGCCUUACCUGCGUCCACCAGGCUGGGUCCGACCUACGCCACGCGAACCCCAAGCCAACUACGGGGCCACCGAUUAACCUGGGUUGUCCACAAAACAUUUCUCCUUUGGAAGGAGAUUUUCGCUCAAUAUACUGUAUACUACUCGUAUUCAUACUAUGCAGAACAAUGAAAC